AUGUCUUCAACUCGAGACUCGCCAUCGGCUCAGAAAUGGAGAGUUUCAAAAGCCUGCGAGCCAUGUCGUUCUCGCAAAAUCCGCUGCGAUGGAAAUACACCCUGCUCGAAGUGCACUGAGAGAUCCUUCGCAUGCAUAUACCGAGAAAAGCCUCGUCGCCGCCCCAAAAGGUGUCAUUUGAGGCCAGAGGCGAAGCACUUGCCCUCCGCAUUCACCGAGCCCGCUUCGCGCAGGUUAUCACAGCCAAUGUGGGAGGGAAUGAAAGAUCCCAGUUUACCACUGAGCAGCGUGACAGCAACACACCUGGCAUCGCCGGGACGUCUCAUGCACUUGUAUUAUGGACCAACGUCUCAUUUUGCCUUGAUGCAAACUGUCUAUCGGGACCUCAUCCCAGGCUAUGGCGAGGAGAUAUCCGGCGUGACCGCGACAACAGUGGAAGAAGGAAACGCGGGGCUGGACAUGUUCAAAUUUCGGGAUAUUUUUUUUGGAAUAUCUGACAGUGAUUCUCAUAGGGAAAGCAGCUGUGGAAGACGGUCUGGAUUACCAAUCUUCAUCCCAUACCCUGUGGCGAAGGCAUUGCUGUUCAGAUUCUUGGAGACACUCUAUUAUUUAAUGCCAUUCCAGCCCCAAGAAGUCUACGAGGAGAGACUGAAUGAGCUCUAUAAAGUAUCUUAUCGAAUCUCCGGGGCUGCAGAGUAUCAGGUGCUGCUUAUGGCGAUGGCCAUUGCUGCGCUUAAUACAGAGCAUUUUCACCUCGCAGAUUACUUAUUCGAAUCUGUGCAUACCCAUAUGGCAACUAUGGCAGAGAUAGUUAACCUCGAGACGGUCCAGUACGCUCACUUCCAAAAUGAAAGGGGUAACCCAAAUUCGGCCUAUUUACACCUUGGGACCGCUGCACGAAAGGCGUUGUCUGCUGGCUUCCACAGAAUCACGCCAAUCUCUGACCCACGCUUUGUCGAGACCCGAAACACCAUGUGGGCGUUGUACAUCUUCGAAGUAAUGGUUUCGUUUUUCUUGGGGCGACCGGCUUCUCUUUCGUGGGAAGAUAUGGAAAUACAGGCCCCCGACGACCCCUUUCUUCUCUGUCUCGUCAGGCUGACGAGAAUCAUGUCGAGAUCAGCAAAAGCGAUAUAUGGCAGCCAACACAAUUCAUUCGGCCCAGUUCGACAGGCAGCUGCUUCGAUCCGCCGGGACCUCACAGAGUUUGAGUCAUUGAUGAAACAAAAUAUGGGUGUUGGCGUGAAUAGCGACUUUUUUCGACAAGAAAAGGGCAUUUGCCAGACUAUUCUUACAUCUUUGUAUUGUCAUACACUGCUGUUAACGUAUAGACCAUUUCUCAUCCUUCGAGUGAAGUUGCAGAAAAUGUUUGUCGAGUCAAACAAGAAGAAAAACGAUGCAUCCCACAGACAGAAUUUGAAGAUACCACAAUGGCUAAAUGAGGUCUGCAGUAUUGCGAUCACAGCAGCUCGAGAUACUAUACACCAUAUUUCGCGAGCCUCGGCCAUCAAUCCACCAGUUCAGGAACUUCGGUACCAUGGGUUUUUCAUUGGAGGUGCCGUAUUCGCGUUGAUCUGCGAUAUGCUACACGAUCCGUUCACCAUUGCAGUCCACCAGCCUUGGAUCAACAUGGGAGUUCAAUAUCUCCGUCAAAUGCGAGAAGGGGAGCCCAUUGCUAGUACCAUUUCUGCUAUUGAACUGGCACUCAAGAAAUUGAAUCAACGUCAGAUGUGUCUAGAUUUGCCAAUUGGCGAGUCUUCGGAGAUCGAAGGUGAUGCGACAUCCAGCGAGGACGAAGAUUUGAACGCGGCCCGGCACGAUCGGGCUUUGAAUCAUCCUCCAGCUCCGGCCCCUGUCUCUGAAUCGCUGUCGACUACCAUGGAUACGGGGCGAACUGACGAUCAAUGGAGGAUAGACCCAUCUAUGAUUAGUCUAGAGGGGUUCUUUUCUUGGCCUUUGAUAGAGCCCUUUGGUUAA